AUGGUCUUCCUCAACAUGGGAGGUCCGUCGACGACCGGCGAGGUCGGCAACUUCCUGAGCCGCCUCUUUGCCGAUGGCGACUUGAUUCCACUAGGCCGGCUCCAAGCUUACCUUGGACCGUUGAUCUCGGCCAGGCGGACGCCCAAGAUCGAGAAGCAGUACGACGCGAUUGGCGGCGGAUCCCCAAUUCGAAAAUGGUCCGAACAUCAGAAUGCCGAGAUGUGCAAGCUCCUAGACAAGAUCUCGCCCGAGACGGCACCGCACAAGCCUUAUGUUGCCUUCCGAUACGCCAAUCCGCUGACUGAAGAAAUGUACACCAAGCUGCUGGAGGACGGCUUCGGGAAUGGGAGGGGGGGGAGAGCUGUUGCCUUUACGCAGUACCCUCAGUACUCGUGCUCGACGACAGGCAGCAGCUUGAACGAGCUAUGGAAGUGGCGACAACGGCUGGAGGGCAAGGCGGCCUCGGACAAUGGGGCUGGUACCAUAAGCUGGAGCGUCAUUGACAGAUGGCCUGCCCACCACGGCCUGAUUGAGGCCUUUGCCCAGAACAUCGAGGCGAAGCUGGCCGAGUACCCUGAAGCGCGGCGCAAAGACGUGGUGUUGCUCUUCUCGGCGCACAGCCUGCCCAUGUCUGUCGUCAACAGAGGAGAUCCGUACCCGGCAGAGGUGGCCGCCACAGUCUACGGCGUAAUGCAGCGCCUCAAAUUCUCGAACCCCUAUCGCCUCUGCUGGCAGUCCCAAGUCGGACCGUCGGCGUGGCUGGGCCCCCAAACGUCGAGUACGGUGAAGGAUUACAUUGCCAAGGGCCAAAAGGACCUUGUGCUUAUCCCGAUCGCUUUUACAUCUGACCACAUUGAAACGUUGUACGAACUGGACGAAGAGGUCAUCGGCGAGAGCGGCCACAAAGACACGGUCAAGCGGGCAGAGAGUCUCAACGGCAGCACCGUCUUCAUUGAAGCCCUGGCCGACAUUGCCCGCGCGCAUCUCACGGACGGCUUAGCUUGCUCGAAGCAGAUGGGACUUCGCUGCCCGGGGUGCAAGAGCGAGCGGUGUCUGGAGUCGAAGAAGUUUUUUGCCGGCCAACAGAUGAAGCUGUCUCCGCUAGGCCGGUGA